GCUGAUUUUAUAAACCACCACUAGUGAAAAGAAAAAAUAAUCCAAGGUUAAAACAUUAGUGACACGCGCCAUCCACAGACCAAAUUUAAUCCCAGCAAUGGUAUGAUCAGUUAUGCUAUUUAUAUUUUAAAUUUUUUUCUAACCUAAAGAAUAACGACCGGUAAAAAUGAAGAAUUUAAAUGAAUUUCAAGUUCCAAACGAUUACGAGAUUCCUCUCUGUGAAAUAAAUGGAAAAGUGCACUGCAUGAAUGCUGAAUAUGCCAACAUAAAUACUUUCACCAAUGCUGUCGAAAAUCAUCCAAAAAUUCAUAUAACUAGAGAUCAGUUACAUGCUGUAACUUCUAGAGAUGAAGGGAAAGCGUUAUUUCUGCCAGUAAAUGUACCAUUUUUGAAGCAGCUAACCCAGGUCUAUUGUGAGCAGGGUCUGGUUGAAACUCUUCAUUUUAUCAAAUCUCACAACCAAUUUGUGGUUUCAAAAAGCGCUUCACUAUGUUUAACAAUUUUAAAAUACAUUCGCAAGAUUAGAUUAAUUUUAAAUCCAAAUAUAAGAUAUAGUGGUCCAACUUUAAUUACACAAUUGGGACAAACAAGAGAUUGGGUCAACAGCACAAUUAGAUGUAUUUCUUGGCACCCAUACUGCAAAAAACUUGCAGUAGUGACUUGUGAUGACAGUGUCCGGAUCUUUAGCAGUGAAAGCACAUAUUGUCCAGUCCUGAGAUGUAAACAACAAAAAAAUAUAACCUGCAUAGCUUGGAGACCUCUAUCAAAUACAGAAAUUGCUGUUGCUCAUGAGUGUGGGGUUAUAAUAUGGAAUAUUGACUCCAAUUCUUUGGUAUCUAGACCUUCUGUAAGUAAUGCUAUAAUAUUGCAAAGGCCAGAGCACAGACCUGUUAUGAGCAUAGCAUGGUCACCCAAAGGUGAUAAGUUAGUUAGCGUAGCUGCCUGUGACACUACCAUUUUGGUGUGGGAUCCGGAACUGGAUAGAACUAGCUCUUUAAAAAGACCUGGAGGUUUUGGGCAUAUUUUAGUGAAAUGGUCUCCAUCUGGAGAAAAACUUGUGAGCUGUUCAGAUGGAGUUGUCUUUAGGGUUUGGGAUUACCGAAACUGGGAAUGCGAAAGGUGGACAGUAGUUAGUGGACGAGUACAGUCUGCAUGUUGGUCCAGCUAUGGAUCGUCUCUUCUUUUCGCUACCACCACCGAGCCGGUGAUAUAUGGAAUAAUUGUAAAAAGUGACCUAGUUUUCGCGAACGAAACCCCCUCCUCUUCGAAACAAGCUGUCCCAAUGUUUGACAUAAGCAAAUGUGAUCUGGAUGGUGUUGUAGUGGGGGGAUUGGUUCAGUGUAUGGAAACCGAUCUGAAAGGGAAACAUUUAGCAGUUAUAUUUCAAGACACUAAUUGCGUUGCCAUAUUCAAUGUUAUUAAACAAGUGGGCUUGCAAGUGAUGGCGAGUUCUCUGGUAAUGGGACUAGCUGAAGAAAAACCCAGUGCAAUUGCCUUUCAACAGAACUUCGAAGCUGGGGCUUGUCUCACGAUAGGUUGGUCCAGCGGGAGGAUUCAGUACUAUCCCAUCAUCUAUUCUGAUUUAGACAGCCAAUCGAAUUUUAGUCAUACCGCCAACCUCUCUUUAUAUAAUUCAUUUAGUACAUUUUAAUAUUCAAGCCAUAAUAAUUCCUUUCUUUUAAAUCAUUAAUAUAUGAAAUAGAGGGAGAUAUUUUAAUGUUAAGUUGUUAAGAAAUAUGAAAAAAGUUCACAACAUUCACUCAAUUCUGUUAAAAUUUAGCAGUUUUAUUUAACUAAUAUAUUAAAAUUAUGGAGUCCAGUGGUGUCCAUAACAUAAAUACACUAUAACAAGUGACGAAUGAACUGAACGACAAAUUCAAGGAUUGUUUCUUAUCUCUUCUAUGGGAGUAGCGUAAAUCAUCGUCUCGAGGUAUCCCUAUAAGUAAAAUUAAUUUAAAAACAUUUUAGAGAAAUUUUGAAAUGAAAAUUACUAGAAUAACGUCCUGUAUAAGACAAUAUAAUAAUAGAUAUAACUAAUUCAAAUUAUUCAAAAUUUUUAUUUGUUUGCUUAGGAUUACAAAAAUGCUUGAUUUGUAAAAUCAAUAUCAUAUUCAAAUAAUACAAACCACCCUAAAUACAGAGUGUUCAAAUAAUGUGUCAAAGUAUUGUCUAUCGCUUAUUAUUUGUUUUAGAAUAAAAUGUUAAAUAAAAAAGUUAUAGAUGAUGCUAAAAGAAACAAUUUAAAAUUAUCUUUAAAAAUGCAGGGCAAUUUGAUAAAUAUGUGGGAAGUCAAAAAUAUAUUUUUAAAUGGAGCACCCUGCAUACUAUUUCCAUUUAUACUCAAUCACAGGGGUGUUACGAUCUUCUCAGUCUUUUCGGAUUUAUGGUAAUUUUUUCAUCAAAAAUGCCCUGUGUUUAAUAUCCUAUAUUUUUGUUUCCGACAGUUGUAGUUUUAAUAUGCCAACAAUUUUAUAAGGUAGCACAGUUCUUUAUUCUAUACUUGUCUUGAAGUUAAUCCGAAUCGUUUAUACAGGGUGAGUCAAAAUGAAUAAUAUUAAUUUUUGUGAAAAAAUCACAUGCCGCCUAUAUUAUACAUCCAUUAAUUAUUCCUAUUCAAGCUACUUCAAUUUUCUUAACUAUUCCCUAUACCUAAACUUAGUAUUUUUUGAGGUAUACACAUAUUUUUACAUAAAACUGAAAAUUUACAAACAUUACACAAAUAUCACACAAGAUUUGGAAGAAAAUAUAUAUUACUUGAACGUGAAAAGUCUACAGAGACGACAUGUUAAUAGAAAAUGUAAUGCGGAAAUAAUUUAUUGAAUCCCAGAUUUAAACAAAAAUAAAAUUAUGACCUGGGCAACCUUGGGAAAACAAUUUAAACCCUAUUUUAAGCUAUGGAUAAUACUAAAAAUGCAAUAUUAAUAUUGCUAAUAGUUCCAGUUCCCCACUUAAAAACUGAGGACAAAUCUGCAAAACAAAAAAAACUUUUUAAUUAAGUUUCACUUUAUUUAUUUGUUAGAUCACGAGAUCUAGGUGGCCAUCUGAUCGGACCACUUCUUCCUAUCCACCACUGCGGUAAUCAAUUGUUUAAGUAGUUCCUAACUUGAGGGGUAAGGUGUGCAGGAGCUCGAUCAUGCAGGGACCACAUUCCCGGCCUCAUAAAAUAUAAUAAAAAUGAUUAGUAAAGAGGACCAACAGAAAACGGAAAACAGCUUUACCAAUGUUACUGUUACCGCAUUCGUAAUAAAUGUAAGUGUAAGUGAAAAAUAUUUGGAAGUAAGAAAUUUAUUAAA